AUGUUUCAAGAUGAUGUAUUUGAAGAAUUGGUCCAAUAUCUCACUUCGAUGCGCGCCUUUUUUGGAAAGUAUUUUCCCGAAGAACAGAAUACAAAAAUGAAGCUGAAUUCAUGGAUUCAUAAUCCUUUUUUACCCAACUUGCAAAAGCCCGAAAGCAUGUCAAACGAGAUAUAUGAAUCUCUUUUAGAAAUGUCAUCAGACACAAGUAUGGAGUCACUGUUCAAAACGACGCCUAUCAACGAUUUUUGGUGCAGAAUCCGUGAUGAAUAUCCAAUGCUUGGCAGAAUGGCUCUGAAUAUUCUUCUCCCGUUCCCAACAACAUAUUUGUGCGAAACAGGAUUCUCAACCUAUGCAGCCACCUAG